AUUCACGGAUAUCAAAAGAUAAAAGAGAAAGGGGCUUGUCAAAAAAUAGUAUUAAAACGAGGGAGUGCAAUUAACAAAAUAUCAUGAGCUGGUGAGAUUAUAUUAUUACGCUCUUUCGACAGCUAAAAUGGCUGCCACGAGAAGAUUGGCUAAGGAAUUAGAUGAUAUUCGUAAAUCUGGUCAAAAGGUUUUUCGAGAAAUUCAUGUUGAUGAAAGCAAUAUAUUAAAUUGGCAAGGAAAAGUUUGUACUGACACCCCACCAUACAACAAAGGAGCAUUUAAAAUCGAUAUCAUUUUUCCUGCCGAAUAUCCAUUUAAGCCGCCAAAAGUUACAUUUAAAACUAAAAUAUAUCAUCCAAAUAUUGAUGAAAAAGGUCAAGUAUGUUUACCAAUAAUUUCUCCAGAGAACUGGAAGCCAGCUACUAAAACUGAUCAAGUGAUUCAAGCUUUAGCAGCACUAAUAAGUGAUCCUGAACCAGAACAUCCUCUCAGAGGCGAGCUUGCUGAAGAAUAUACAAAGGAUAGAAAAAAGUUUAUGAAAAACGCUGAAGAGUUUACAAAAAAACACGCUGAGCCGCGCCCAAAUGAAUGAUUUAUCUGUAAUUUAUCUUUUGUCUAUAACAUCUCCUAGCAACUGUGUAACUAAUAAAGUUGAACUUUAAAUCCAAAAAAUUUUAAUA